UACUUCGUCUUUUGUUGCAUAACGGUGGCAGUGACGGUGAUAAUCACGGUAUUAGUAGCGAAUGUGGGAGUUCUUCAAUAUGUGUUUUAUAUACUAUACGUGCCAAUCACCUCUUUAGUUGUUGGUGUAAUCUCCAUGGCAGUAUUGAUUCUGGUCAAGAAACUUCAAAAAAUUCCUGUGAUGAAUUAUGUACUCAUUUCAUUGACUGUGUUCUCAAGUUCUUUCGCGGUCGCCAGUCUAACUUAUUCCUUAGGAUUAUGGACUCUACUAGCAUGGUCUGCAGCGAUAAUUCUUGCUGCCAGUGCAGUCACAAUUGGAUUUGUAACGGAACGGCACACAGAGAAUGUGAACAUGAUUAUACUGUAUGUUGCAAUCGAAUUGGUAGUCGUCAGUGGUAUUCUGUUUAUUUUUCUACACUUCUUUCAAAUGAAUGUCACGGAAGUGUAUAA